AUGCAGACGAUCUCCCUCGCCACUCUUGCUCGCAAGCUAAAGAGCGCCACCCCUCCCAGCUUUCCCUCGACUGGGGGUCUCCUCAGAAUAGAGGCCGAGAAGUGUUGUUCCACGCGUAGAUUUGGCGUGGAACCUGCGGGUCUCUCCGAGGCCGAGUUUGAUUUGCGAGUGAGUGACGAUAAGUCAUGGCUGACGCGGAUAGGAAGAUGGGCUGGCUUUGGUGGGGGCUUUGGGGGUGGGUUUGAGGGGCAAGGCUUCCCCUCCUGCCCACCGGGGGGCAUCAGGGAGGUGACCAUCAACCAGAGCCUGCUGGCCCCACUCAACCUCCAGAUAGACCCCGAGAUCCAGAGGGUGAGGACGCAGGAGACGGAGGAGAUCAAGCAGCUCAACAACAAAUUCGCCUCCUUCAUCGACAAGGUCAGGUUCCUUGAGCAGCAGAACCGAAUCCUGGAGACCAAGUGGAAGCUCCUUCAGGAGCAAGGUGGCACAGUGACAGGUGGCAGGAGCCUUGACCCCUUCUUUGAGACCUACAUCAGUGGGCUGAGGAAGCAGCUGGAUUGUCUCUCUGGUGAGAAGGUCACCCUGGAGUCAGAGCUGAAGAACUUCCAAGAUAUGGUGGAAGACUUCAAGACCAAGUACGAGGAGGAAAUCAACAAGAGGACAGCAGCAGAGAACGACUUUGUGCUCCUCAAGAAGGACGUGGAUGGAGUCUACAUGGCCAAGGUGGAGCUUCAGGCCAAGCUGGACUCCCUGGCAGAUGAGAUCAACUUCCUGAGGUGUCUUUAUGAAGCAGAGCUGGACCAGAUGCAGAAGACAGUUUCUGACACCUCUGUGGUCCUCUCCAUGGACAACAACCGAAGCCUGGACCUGGACAGCAUCAUUGCAGAGGUCAAAGCCCAGUACGAGGAGAUUGCCACCAAGAGCAGAAUGGAGGCAGAGUCCUGGUACCGAUCCAAGUAUGAAGAGCUGCAGGCCACUGCUGGCAAACAUGGAGACAGCCUGAGGGACACCAAGGUGGAGAUCUCGGAGCUCAAUCGCAUGAUCCAGAGGAUCCGAGCGGAGAUCGAGAGUGUGAAGAAGCAGGCUCUGCAGACCUCCAUCGCCGACGCCGAGCAGCGCGGGGAGGUGGCCCUCAAGGAUGCCAGGACCAAGCUGACCGAGCUGGAGACAGCCCUGCAGAAGGCCAAGCAGGACAUGGCCAAGCUGCUGAGGGACUACCAGGAGCUGAUGAACGUCAAGCUGGCCCUGGAUGUGGAGAUUGCAACCUACAGGACACUGCUGGAAGGGGAAGAGUGCAGGAUGUCUGGAGAGUGCCAGAGCACUGUCAACAUCUCUGUGGUGGGCGGCGGCAGCGGCUCCCUGGGCGGCGGAUUCGGCGCUGGACUCUGCCUCCCAGGAGGAUUUGGUGCUGGGAGCUGCAGAGGGAGUGGGCUUGGGGCAGGGGGAGGCUUUGGCUCUGUGGGGGGAGGCUGCAGCUCGGUGGUGGUGGGAGGGGCUGGCAGCAUCCUGAAGAAGACCUGCAGGAGGGUCUAG